AUAGAAAUGCAUUCCCGCGGUGGUGGGACUCGGGCCCCGGCGAAACUGCCGCAGUCGUCUAGUCUCGUCUCGGAAGAACUCUCACUCGUCCUCGAGCGCGUCGCGUCCCCAUAUAGUCGUCUUGCUAUUAUUAUUAUUAUUUUUAUUAUUUUUAUUAUUAGUAGUACUUUAGUAGUAGUAGUAGAGUAGUAGUAGAAGAAUAGUAGUAGUAGUAGUAGUAUUAUCGUUGUUAUUUUAUUAUUUUUAGUUGGUGUUUACGGUUUUAGAAAGCAAUAGUCGUAGUCGUCGUGAUGGUGGAAGCCGGGUACCGGGACGAGUGUAGAUACAGUCGUCGGUGUCCGUGCCUAUAGUGGACCGGAAAAUCGUCGUAAAAACAUGAAGACCGCCCGGGUCGGUCAUUGUGCCCCGAACGGAUAUUGUCCACGACAAGACUACGGUACGACCGCGACCGCGGUACCGUUCGGAUAACACGCGAGUUCUAUACUUUAUUUCAUAAGAUAUUAGUGCCGUUGUUCAACGCGUAGUUCACGCCGGUGCCGAAAAUCAAUCGGAGGUCGUAUACAAUUUUUUCUGCGAAAAAAUCCAAAGCAGCAGCAAUGGCGUCGUUGAUAUCUGGUGCCAUGAGCAGCGCCGCAUGGACUGGAGCUGGCAUGAUCCCCGUGUUCGUGGUCGGGUUGGCGUACCUCCGGUACUCAAUGUACGACCCUGAGUCACGUGUGGUAGACGUCCUAGAGGUACGAGAUGAAUACGAUUUCAUAGUGGUGGGCGCGGGCUCAGCUGGGGCCGUAAUAGCCAACAGGUUGUCGGAAAUGCAAAACUGGACGGUGCUGGUGCUGGAGGCCGGUGGCGACGAGACAGAGAUAUCGGACGUUCCUUCGUUCGUCGGCUACCUGCAACUAUCCGAUAUGGACUGGCAGUAUAAGACGGCGCCGCCUUCUAGCGACAACCCAUACUGCUUGGCCAUGGUACACGAUCGGUGCAACUGGCCCCGCGGAAAAGUGCUGGGCGGAUCCAGCGUGCUCAACGCCAUGGUGUACGUGCGGGGCAACCAACGGGAUUACGAUAUGUGGGCCGCGGCUGGCAACCCUGGCUGGGCCUACGCGGACGUACUACCGUAUUUCCUCAAAUCCGAAGAUAACCGGAACCCAUACCUGGCCAGGACCAAGUAUCACGCACGUGGUGGUUACCUGACCGUGUCGGAGGCGCCGUGGCGGACACCUCUGGCUACAGCGUUCGUUGCCGCUGGCGAGGAGCUGGGCUAUCAGAACCGUGACAUCAAUGGUCAGUACCAGAACGGGUUCAUGCUCACGCAGACCACCACGCGCCGAGGCAGCCGGUGCAGUACUGCCAAAGCGUUCCUCCGGCCGAUCCGACUACGGCCCAACAUUCAUGUGUCGAUGCACAGCCAAGUGACCCGGAUACAUUUUUCCGGUGGUAAUGGUGGCAGUGACAAGCUUCGGGCGACCGGUGUCACGUACCUCCGGAACGGCAAGAGGCGGACGGUUACCGCCCGGAAGGAAGUGAUACUUUCAGCGGGUGCCAUCGGAUCACCGCAGCUGCUCAUGGUGUCGGGCGUAGGGCCGGCCGACCACCUGACCGAAUUGGGCAUCAAACCGGUCGUUGAUCUGAAAGUGGGCCACAAUCUGCAGGACCAUGUGGGCCUGGGCGGGUUGACGUUUCUCAUCGACGAUCCGAUCACGUUCAAAAAGUCACGGUUCACCUCUGCGUCCGUGGCUCUCGACUACAUAAUGAACGAGCGGGGUCCGCUGACAUCCAGCGGCGUCGAGGGCCUGGCGUUCGUCAACACCAAGUACGCUGAUCCAUCGGGUGAGUUCCCGGACAUACAGUUUCAUUUCGCGCCCAGUUCCGUCAACUCGGACGGUGAUCAGAUACGGAAGAUCACCGGACUCCGAGACGCCGUGUACAACACCGUGUACAAGCCACUGGUGAAUGCCGAGACGUGGACGCUGCUGCCACUGCUAUUGCGUCCCAAAAGCUCCGGAUGGGUGCGGCUGAAAUCCAAGAACCCGCUGGCGCAUCCGAUCAUCGAGCCCAACUAUUUCGCGCACCGGGAAGACGUACAGGUGCUGGUUGACGGCAUCCGGAUCGCGUUCAACGUGUCCAAUACAGCCGCGUUUCGCAAAUACAACUCCAGGCCGCUUCUGACACCCAUGCCGGGGUGCAAGAAGUUUGAGUUGUUCAGCGACGAGUACUGGGAAUGCGCGCUCAGGCACUUCACGUUCACCAUUUACCAUCCGGCCGGCACGUGCAAGAUGGGUCCGGAUACGGACCCUGAUGCGGUGGUCGACCACCGGUUGCGAGUGCGCGGUAUCGAUGGUCUCCGAGUGAUAGACGCCUCGAUCAUGCCGAACAUAAUCAGUGGCAACCCUAACGCGCCCGUCAUCAUGAUCGGUGAAAAAGGCGCCGACAUGAUCAAAAAAGAUUGGUCGUCAUAGUCGUCCAACAACCGGCUGUCUCAUCUGACCGUCCUCAUGUGUUUUCUUCUUCUUCCUACGAUUUUUAAAUGUGAUUUCUAAUGUGUUUUAUUAUUGUUAUUGUUUUUGUUGUUGUUAUUGUUAUUGAUGUUGUUCACUUGUUGUAUUUUUGUAUUUAUAAUUUUAAUUAAAUAUUUGAACUAGAUAUCUGAAUGGUUUAAAUGCAUGUUUAUAAUUAUAUUAUUUACUAUGCAAGUACAUAUAUUAUAUAAUACGCAUGUACAUAAUAUUAUAUCAAAUAACGCGUGUUUAGAGAAAACUUUCGUUAUGUCAGAAGAUUCAAACCGACAAAAUAUUACUUCGCUAUAGUUUUUUUGUCACGUCCUAUUAAACAAGAAUGCACUAUUAUAAUGCAUUAUUCAUAAUAUUCUUAAUAUUAUGAUAGUGAUUUACGGUCAAACCCCCCCAAACGAAGAAAUACAUUUUCAAUAAACAAUUUAAUCAUUUUUAAUGUAUCUAUUUAUUAUUUAUUUGAUUAUUAAAAUGUAAGGAGGUAUUUUUUAAACAUCAAUACCUAGUGAGAUAAUAAUAUGUAGAUUUAUUAUAAAAUGUGAAUUAUAUCAGGUAGUAGGUAAUUGAUAUACUUUUUCUCUUUAUUUUAUUAAUUGUAUGAAAUGUAUAUAAUAAUAUUAUAAUAUUAUAUUUAAGUACCUAUGUAAUUAAUAUUGUACAUUAGUCAAUAAUAAUCUGUUUAAAAAAUAGUGAUAUAAACGUAUAGCAAUAGUAAUUUAUUAUGUAAACAAGUAGGUAUAGAAGUGCAUAAGAAGUUUGCCCAAUUAUGGAAACGAUAAUAUCGUGUACCUACUUAUUUUUUUGUACAAAAAUGUAUAGUAGGUAAUAUAUUAUUUUUAUAUUGUAUUAUAAUUGAAAUGUUUUAUAAUUAAGUGUAGAUUUAUAUUACAUUUUAAUUUGAUAAAUCUAGAUCAAAUAUUUGUUAUUAAUGGCUGUUAAAUAUUUAACCAAAAAUUGUUUUAUAAAUAUGGAAAAAUCAUUUUGU